CGCUGCUCGCAUCACUUCCAGCAUACCACAUAACCCCCCGCAUACAUCCUCAUUCCCAGCCUCGUCUCUGAUAGGAUAAGAUGGCUACUGCGUCUGCGUCUUCUUCGGCGCUGCCUGCACCGCCGCCAGACGCAAUGGUAGGAGCCCUGUCCAAGCUUCGCACCCUCCUCAACUCCAAGCUGGAGAACCAAAAGACCCCCGCACAGCUCCUCGUCGCAGUGGAGCAGAGUCUGGACGAGUCUCAACAGGGAGGUAGCGAGGGGGUGACAAAAGAGAGGUCAGCGGGAGAGUACUACCUUGCGUUGGAGUCGAUGCUGGAAAAGGCAAUGGCAAAGGGGUCGCCUGCCUCGCUCCUCCCCUCGACGUUCUACAUUCUCGCCAUUGUCGCCCCAUAUGUCUCUGCGGGCAUCCUGCGAGCUCGCCUCUCCACCAUACUGCCCGCACUGCUCUUUGUGCUUUCCAACCCCCACCCACCCAGCACCUCGGUUGCAGAAUCUCACUCUGCCCUCUUGCGCUCUGCCAUGUCCAUCUUUCUAGCCGUCCUCACCCCUCUUGCCAAGGACAAGGCCGUCUUCCAAGCUGAACCUCAGCUCAGGGCCUGCUGGGACGCCACGCUCAACCUCUGCGCAGACAGCCGGCCAAAGGUUCGCCGGAGAGCUCAGGAGAUUAUCACGAAGCUGCUCAGUGGUGGAGACGAGGAGGACGAGGUGGGCAUCUACUCUAGCGAAAACCCACACCCGUAUGCUGCUAGGACCGCCGAGUGGAACAUUCGCACUCUGGCUUCCGUCUCUCAAGCAGGAGGAGUGGUGCCAAAGGCAAAGCCGACUGGCAAGAAGGGAGCUGAGAAGGCUGCCCCGCCGUCAAAGUACGACGUCAAGAAGGGAAGAGCUCAAGGAGCGCCAGAAGCCGCAAAGCAAAGACAAGCCGAUGCAGCUGGAGGUGCCAGCAUUGGUAUCUGGGUCUGUGGCUUCUUAAAGGGCGUCGUUGGCAAGCUGCCAGAAAAGUACAUUCCGCAAAUUUGCGAGGAUCUUUUGCACCUGCCUGCCCUGCAACAUCCCUUCCUCACUGUAUCCACCUUUGAAGUCUUUGAAGCUCUUUACCGGCCAGCUCGUCUUGUCAGCGGCCCUACCUCGGGUACAGCGGGCUCAGGUGCUGCCCUGGCUGCAGCCAUGAGCGGAUCUGCCUCGUUAGCAAGCAACCUCAAGGAAGCUCCGACGUCGCUCGUACGGACGCUAGAGGCCAUCAACUCGGAAGCUUUGCGCCCAGCAACCACCGACGUCCAACUCCUUCCGCCUUAUCUUCGAGCACUCGAGGGCGCAGUCGUGUCGUAUGCACGGUAUGACGGAGGACAAGCAGCCUGGGCUCUGUUCCCCGCGCUUUGGACACAAGUCGUGGAUCUCAGUCUCAAUGCCAAGAGCGAUGCCAGCAGGACCUCCGUCGGCGUCCGUACGGCAGGUCGCGAAGCGCUCAGCUCCUUUAUCCGCUACUGCAUCCCCGAGACGGCCAUCAAGGAGGCUCUUGCGGGUCAAUCUUCUAGCCCUGCUCUGGGCAGUAUCAUCGAGUCAAUCGAGUCUGCUCUGGGUCGCCACGCACUGCGCUUCACCCACUCUCGCGGAGAUGUCCUUCAAAUUCUGGCAGUGCUCGUAACGAGGCUGCGGGUCAGGCUUGCUGCUGAUGGCUCAUCGGCAGCUGCAGAGCUCCUCAUGCCGCUCAUUAGAACCGUUGCAGACUUGCGACAGACGCCCAAGUUUGAGCAUCGCGAGCAAGCUGAUCUAGUUCUGGGAGCCGCAACGGAAGUCUGCGGACCGGAAGUACUUCUCAAGGAGCUCCCCCUCGGACUAUUGGGCGAGGAUGGACCUGGCAAAGAGGGUCGAGCUUGGUUGCUGCCUCUGAUGCGGGGCCGUAUCACGAACACCAAGCUCUCUCACUUUGUCAACGAGAUUGUACCCCUCUCCGAGAAGCUCUUCAAUGCUCGCGCGGCAGCGGAGAACAGCAAAGGGCGAGCAGUAGAGGCCAAGAUGUACGAGGCGCUGAUCGAUCAACUGUGGGCCCUCUUCCCCGGAUACUGCGAUUUGCCAGUGGACCUCACUGGUGCUCUGAGCCAGAAGUUCGCCGAGCUCCUCACCAAUGUCCUCUACACGCAGCAGUCCCUCCGACCGAGUGUUCUCCGCGGUCUCACUCUCCUCGUCGAGCGCAACGAAGCCCUAUCCCGCAGCGGCGCUCCGGACGAAGUGCUGAAGCUCACUUUUGGUCUUACGCAAGCGCAAGGAAAGGCUCACCUGGACCACCUCAUCAGCUUGGCUCCCGCCUUCCUCUCCGUCUUCUCGAACCUCCUCACGCAAUCGCCUUCCUCUUCUCGCGGCUACAUUUCGGAAGUCAUUGGGGCUUACCUGCGCAUCCUGCCCGCCAACGGGGUCAAUGAGACCUUCACCAAGAUUCGCGGCAUGCUGCAGACGUCGCUCACUGAGCUCGUCCCUCAACGCGAUCGGGAAGUGGGACCACAUGCUGUCCCGCCCGUGGCACAUAGUAUGCUGGAUCUGCUCAUCACUCUCGUGCCUUUCCUCGGCGUAGAGGACGGCAAGUCUCUCCUCGAAUUGUGUGAGAGCAACGAGCUUCUACGGAACGAAGAUGCUGGAGUGCAAAAGAAGACCUACCGUGUGCUUUCGCGCUUGCUCGAUGGUCACAAGGGCGAGGCUCUCCUCCGGUCAGGCAAAGGAACGGCUGUCAAUGUCUCUUCUCUGCUCACGAAUGUGCGAAAGGCGACCGUGGACGUGGUUCAAGGAGCGAAGCGAGACCGACUCAACCUCCUCGCUGCCAUGGUCCCUCGCAUUCCCUCUACCGAGCUCCACCUCUUACCUUCGAUCAUCCCUGAAGCAGUCUUGGCUACCAAGGAAACCAACCAGGGCUCGCGAGAGACGGCGUACGACCUGCUGGUGCAGAUGGGUGAGAAGAUGGACGGAGGUGGCAAGAUUAAGAGGGGUUUCGUCAAUGCCGAUGCGCAGGACGACAAGGAGGGCGGUGAGGGAGAGGGCGACGACGACACGUCCAUCAAGGACGACUCAGAGGUGGCUGCCACGCUGACUGAGUACCUCACCAUGGUGGGCGCUGGACUGGCGGGAGGAUCCCCACACAUGAUCUCUGCCUCGAUCACGGCCUUCUCCCGUCUCAUCUACGAGUUCAAGGAUCAAGUCCCACGCGACGUCGUCGACGAAGUCAUUUCCACCAUUGAAGUCUUCCUCAGCAGUCCCAAUCGGGAGAUUGUCAAGAGUGUCCUGGGCUUCGUCAAGGUCGCCAUUGUCUCCCUGGAGUUUGAUCUCGUCAAUGCUCACCUCCCCGCCAUGGUCCCCGCCAUGCUCAAGUGGUCUCCAGAGCACCGUGCCCACUUCAAGGCGAAAGUAAGGCACAUCUUUGAACGAUUGAUGAGGCGCUUUGGUUAUGAGCGUAUUCUCGAGCUCACAGACGAGGAGAAUCGCAAGUUGGUCAACAACAUCAAGAAGCGCAAGGAGAGGGCCAAGAGGAAGAAGGCUAGCAGGGAGGGAGAAGAAGACGGUGGCGCGGAGGCGGAUGGAGAGGAUGCCGUCGCUACUGGUAUUGGAGCUCGAGCACCCAAGAAGCUCGGCAUGGACGCCUUUGAAGAAGCCCUCUACGGAAGUGAGAGCGAGAUCUCAGACAGCGACAGCGAUGACGAUGGAGCUGGUGGUGGCGUGGGCAACGUUGCUGCCAGUCUCGCUCGCAAGGCAGCUGGUGCGCGAGGAGCGGGAGGCAAGCCCUCCCAAUCUCGUGACAGCAAGCCUGCACGUCGUCGUCGUGGCGAUGCAGAGGACACCUAUCUCCUCGAAGACGACGAUGAGCCCAUGGAUCUGCUGGACCGCUCUGCUUCUGCUGCAGGAAGGAUUGUCACUGGCCGUGGAGGUGCACCACCUAACGGAAAGGGAGCUGAGAGGAAGCGUCGCCCGGGUCAAGAGGCUGGCAAGUUCUCCCUAGACGAAGAGACUGGCAGGAUGGUCAUCGACGACGGCGAGCGUGGGCGUGGUGAUGCUGACGAUGGUGCCGCUCAGGACCUCGGCGACUUUGGUGCUGCAGGAGCCUACAUCGAAGGCGGUCAGGGCGUCGGUGGGCACACGCAUUCUGGCCGCGGUGGAGCAGUCAAGUUCAACAAGAACAACAAGCGCACUCGUCAGCAAGACCUCGAGAUGGAAGAGGCACUCGUUGCACAGGAAGCUGCUACCGCUGCCGGUGCUGGAAAGAAGGAGAAGCGACCUCGCGUCGAGAGGGAGAAGAUUGGGCGGGACUUCAGAGCCAAGAAGGCUCAGGGCGAUGUCAAGAAGGAUGGACAGGACCCAUUCGCCUAUGUACCUCUCUCGCAGAUUGGUGGGAAGAAGGCAAAGAAGGGUGGAAGAGGUGGAGCGCCAGCGCUUGAUAUCACUGGCAAAGGUGGAAAGAGGAGGUGAUGCAAUGGGAGGAGCAGAUGGACACGAAGCAGACGAUCAGUUCACUACAAUUUCAAUCUCAUCAAAAUUAUCAUUUGCU